UUAACAGAUCCAAACCCCUAUCAAAUAGACUAUAUUUAUGAAGACUACAGCAAACCCCCGAACACGACUGACUUUGUUGUGGAUGAGAGCACCCUACUUUGUCCACCCAUCCCUAUAGCUGAUGCAGUCAACAUCUCAUUCUGCGUCAUCUACGUGAUCAUUUUUCUGGUGGCCGUACCUGGGAAUCUGAUUGUGGGCUGUGUGAUCGGUUCAAACAGACGAUCACUUUCUUCUUCGGAUGUUUACUUAUUUAACCUGAUGUUUGCCGACACUCUAUUGGCUCUAAUCUUGCCGUUCUCUGCGGUAUCCGUAGUACACGGCUGGGUGUUUGGGGAUUUCACGUGCAAACUGGUUUCCCUCGUGAAAGAAAUAAACUUUUACACCAGCAUCUUGUUUUUGGUGUGCAUCAGUGUGGAUCGCUAUAUGGUCAUCGUGCGCGCUAUGGAAUCCCAGAAUGCUCAGCGGCGGCUGUGCAGCGGUGUCGCGUGCGCAGCAGUGUGGUUCUUGGGUGGGGUGCUUUCAUUGCCCUCGCUUUACAAUGAGGCCUAUUUUUCCACAACUAGCAAAGAGACCGUAUGUGCCGAACGCUUUAAGGUGGACAGUGCUGACGAAUGGCGACUGGCCACGCGUAUCAUAAGGCACCUGCUUGGCUUUAUACUCCCUCUAGUGGUCAUGUUGACGUGCUACAGCGUGACAGUAGCACGGCUCUUGCGUACGCGUGGUUUCCAGAAGCAGAGGGCCAUGAAAGUGAUAGUCGCUGUGGUCGUGGCUUUUCUCUUGUGCUGGACCCCUUUUCACGUUACCACGAUGGUCGACACGCUGUUGAGGGCCAAAGCCGUUCAAUUCAGUUGCUCCAUGCGGUCCUCAGUGGAUCUUGCUGUGUUUGCUACACAAAACCUGGGUCUCAUGCACUGCUGUGUAAACCCGGUGCUUUACGCUUUUGUGGGAGAAAAGUUUCGAAAGCGAUUUAUGCAAUUGCUCCAAAGGAAAGGAGUUAUGGAUCGCUUUUCAAUCUCUAGAUCUAGCAGGUCUUCUUCUAUGCAAUCUGAUGGCACUUCGAACUUCCUGUGAGCUGCGGCCAUGCAAUGGACAUCGAUGAUGUAUAUAAAUUAAGACAAACUGAUACUACCUGUCCUUGCCCCCUUGUAUUACUACGUUUUGUUGUCGUGGCUAUGUUGUGAAGCAAUGGCUCCUUCUAUUGUUCAUAAAGAGCACAGAGGUCACACUGCAUGGUGAUGUGAGUGUUCAGGGUUGAGCUUUAACAAACAAAUCUAUUACUUUUAUUCCUAUCACGUGUGGAUUAAGCAUUAAAUCCUCAACGUCAACCAUCUGUGAUAAAACAUUAGUGAUGCUAGUUGUGUGAUAAGAGACACCCAAAGAGGAAAACAUGUUGAGCAAGACUGAUCUGAAAUGUCUUACAGCACAUUUAAGUAUGAAAUGCUCUAAAAUUGUACAACAUAUUAAGCUUAGGCUAAGUACAUGGUUAAAUACUUUAAAGGGGACAUUUCACAAGACUUUUUUUAAGAUGUCAAAAAAUGUUUUUUUGUCCCCAGAGUAGAAAUGUGAAGUUCUAGCUCGUAAUACUAUAUAGAUAAUUUAUUAUAACAAGUUUAAAAUUUCCACUUUUGAUGUAAGCAAAAAUGUGUAAUUUUUGGGUGUGUCCUUUUAAAUGCAAAUGAGCACUAAAUGGCAGUGCCGUGGUUGGAUAGUGCAGAUUUAGGGGCGGUAUUAUCCCCUUCUGACAUCACAAGGGGAGCCAAAUUUUAAUGACCUAUUUUUUCACAUGCUCGCAGAGAAUGGUUUACCAAAACUAAGUUACUGGGUUGAUCUUUUUCACUUUUUUUAAGUUGAUAGAAGCUGGGGACCCACUUAUAGCACUUAAACAUGGAAAAGUACAUUUUUCUUUAAAGUACUUUUAUUUUAUUCAUUUUUGUUUGACCUUUCAUAACCUUUCUAAAUAAUACUAUUCUAGCUCAAGAGGUACUUUACUGCAAUGUUUCACUUUUGAUGCAUCUGGGUCUAGACCAUGGUGUAACGGUUUAUGAUUAAUUCAGGACUAGGCCUUAGUUAGGCCAUUUACAAAAACAAUACUGGUGUGCAUGCUGAGACAAAACAAUGGCACUGAUAUAUAUUAAGAUAUGUCAAUGCAAGUUUUUUUUUUAUUAAGCCAGCUCAGAUAUAAGUCUGGGACAAUAGGAUAAAACCUGUCCGGGAAACAGCCGCUAAGUUAUAAAUGCAUUGAUAACUUCUUCAAGACUUAUCAUAGGUUGAUGUAUUGUGAGACUUAAGAUAUCAAAUAAAAUGUUAU